AAGCUGCAGAAACGCAUUUAAAAGAAAGAUUGGAAGGGGGCGAAUUUGAAUCAAUAGCUCCAUCAGGCUCAACCCAUUCCGAGUAUGAAAUACAACAAUCAGAGAUAGAGGCAGCAAACAAAAGAGUCUUAACAUUACAAGCAGAGGAAAACCAAAAAGAGGAAGAGCUUAAUAGGAAAGCUGCAGAGCUUGAUCAUGAAUUUGCAAAACAAAAAACAGAUGAGGCACGUAAGAUUGUUUGUAUUAUUGAUGCUAGGUCUCAUAAUACCACCCCAAAACAGCGCAUGACUCGGAUGAAACAUAUUCCCACAGUCAAUUACCAUAAUGGGUACCAGGUCCUAGUAGCCUCCUGAAUGAGAUGGACCGUAAUCAGUUAACACCAAAACAAACCCUGGACCCUAGUGCCCCUCCACCCGAGACACACCCUAGUCACCUCCAAACACAAACCCUAGACUCUUGUACCCCUCCACCUGAGACACACCCUGGUCACCUCCAACCACCACAAACCCCAUACCCGAGUGCCACAGCAUUUACUUCAUCCCAGUCCCCGCAACGACCCAUCUCAGAUCCUGACCUAAGUGAUCAUGGUCUUUCAUCUCAAGGUCAUCCUGCCCAGUUUCCAUGGCAAAAAACCUCCAAACCUGUUCUGAAUAGAUAUAACCCUAAUACAUACCAGCUACAUACCCAGUUACGACCACCUGUUCUUGACAGCAUGAUACAUUUGAGACAACCACCACGUAUACCUUAUACCUGGCAACCAUCACCAGCAGCACCAAGUUCAAAAAACCCCGACUUCACACAGG